AUGAAGGACCCGAGUCCCAGGGAACAAUCGCUGGUAGAAUGUGCUUUCAUAGCCACAGCCCGGAGCAUACCUAGGUGUUCCCCGGAAGGUGAAGCAUUCGUGACGACGCGCUCGGUAUCCGAGCGAAGCAAUGCCGCUGAAGAGUCGACUCCAGAAUCCGGAGCUGGCCACUUAGGAUCUGCCGACCCCGGAGCCGACGAGCUGGGAACUGAGGGCGCGGAAGACAGGCUGACAGCCAGUCCCCGAAACCCCGACUCCCGGGAUUCCGAAGAAGACCCGGAGGACGCUCGUAGGGAGCGAUGGAGGAGGAUUUGUUCCCACCAAGCGCACGACCCCGGACUAGCACCCCUGGUGAGUUUCCUCCGGGGCGAAACAGAGCAAUUGUCCCUGAGGCAGACAACGCACCUAGCCAAGAUAGCAGGCCAGUUUGUACUGGACUCCCGGGACGCGCUGUUCUAUCCGAAAGAUCCGGAACGCCCCCGGGACGCUGCCGACCGUCUCCGCCUGGUGGUCCCACAGGACCUCCAAGAGGAUACCUUGCACCACUGUCACGCGGACUUCCAUGGCGCGCACCAGGGUAUCAUCCGGACUUAUGAGAGACUACGCAAAGAAUUCUACUGGAUUGGAAUGUUCAAGGACGCGGAGCGGUAUGUCAAAGAGUGCGUGGAUUGUGUCACGGCUAAGGGAUUACCCAGGAACCCGGGCUCAUCACCCGGCUAUUCGCUGGCUACGCGACCGUUCCAAGUCGUCUCGAUGGACUUCGUCAUACCGUUGCCUCAGUCAGCCCGGGGAAACACAGCACUACUCUUGUUCCAGUGCGCGUUCUCGGGGUUCAUCAUGUACAGGGCCAUGGCGAGCACCGAUGCCCAGGACGUGGCCGAAGCUUACGAAGAAUGCGUGUUCCGG